AUGUCUGCCGACUUUUCUCAAACUCAACAGACGUUGAAUUACGGGAAUGUGGUCUACUUCGAUCAAGAGAGAAGGGAUGAAUCUAUGCCGUCGAAAUGUCUGUAUGCCACCAUGCGAUAUUGCGGGCUUUUGUAUGCUAUCUACGGGGUCGGUGAGGUCCCAAUUGGCCAAUGGGGCGUGUCUUCGCAUUCUUGGUAUGGAAUCUGUUACUCAGGGAUCGUUAUCACGAUCGCGACAAACUAUGCUGUCGCGAUUGCUCUCGACGCCAUGAUGACUUUACGUGUUUACGCCCUCUACGGCCAGUCAAAAGUUGUGAUUGUUGUACUAUCUGUAUUCUUUGUGCUCUCCCAAGGCGUAGUCUUUGUAUCACAAUUCAUUCCAUACGUGCCCCAGAAGCGCCACAAUACCAUGCCGACAAGGACGAUCUCAUACGCGCAGCCGGCUGCGUUUCCUGCGAUAAGGACCCAGCCAUAG